AUGGUACUUCAAUGCCUUCGAUAUGAAAAGAAUAAUUUUAAAAAGACUUAUAAUUUAACAAAUCAUUUUAAUAGAAAGUUUAAGUAUAAACAAACCAAAAUACCUGAUCCAGUUCAGCUAUCUAGUUUUAAUGUAUCCAAAUCUCAAUUAUCAGUACCUAGCCUCCUAUCUAUAAAGAAUUUGGCUAACUGGCUAGCAAUUCUUGAGAUAAAAAACAACUCAAGUAUUAUUAGUAAAAAGGUUCUAAAGACAGAUGCAAAAUGGUUUAAUUUAAUAGAAAAGUCUUCUAGCAGAUCACAAAAGAAACUCCAAUUUGUAAUCAUUGAGAAAGAUAAAAUAUAUGAAGCUGAAAUGACUGAAGAACAUGCCAAGAAAAUUUUAAAUAUAAUAGAUAAUGAUAAGUUUCUUAUAAGGAUAAAGUUUAUUCAACCAGAUUAUAAUAAUUUCAAAAUUGUUGACAAAUAUGAGCCCAUAUGUAAGUCAAAAAAGGAAAAAAGAAUGUGUCAGCUUGGUGCUCAGGUAGAGGAUGUAGCAGAAUUAGAAAAAAUACUUAAAAUGCUAAUCAAGUUGCUUAAUAUUACUUACAGGACCAUUUUUAAUAGUGGAAAAUAUCAAACAGGUAGGUUUGAAGAGAUUGAGAUAGUAAUUCAUAAUGGUCACACAUUUUCUAAAAAUCAUCAUUUUCCAAGAGAUCGAAUAGUGAAGUAUUAUAAUGAUAAUGCAUUGAAGGCUAUUAAUAAAGCUUUUCAAGAAUCACAAGCAAUAUGGCUUAUUGGGCUUGAACUUAGAGAAGAAGAAAUAUUGAAAGAUAUUCAGUCAAUAUUACAAUUUGUUCUAGAAGAUAAAGGAAUAAUUAAUAAAGAAAGAAAGCAGAAAUCUCUAGAAUUGCUUAAAAUAGUUAAGUUAGCAGAACAGGUAUUUGGUGCUAAUCAUACUAGAGGCAAACUUGCUAACAAGAUCAAUAAUUGGCAUUCUACUCUGGCUACAGUGAAUAGAGAAUUGCCACAAGAUGAUAUUAUAGGAUUUGCUCAAUAUGAAAAGCAUUUUGUCUGUCGAAGUAAAGAAGGAUGUUGUGCAAUCAUAGGAAAGUUUAUACAAGAAAAUAAAGUUGAAGAAAAAUGCCUUACUCACCAAGUUGUAAUAGAUGAAGAUGAACUUGAUUUUUUGAUCCAGGAUUGCAUUAAAGAAGAAACAUAUACAGAUAUUACCGAAAGUACUGCACCAUCAAUUCAUGAUUCUAUUACAAGAUCCCAAGUUUCUUAUCUCAAUGAAGGUAGUGGUUCUGGAAAGACAACACAUGCAAUUCGAAUCUUUAAAGAUAUAAACAUGGUAGUCUUUACUUAUACAAAUGCAUUGGCUAAAGACUUUCAAAAUGACUGUAAAGUAAAAGUCCAAACUUGGCAUAGUUUCUUUAAAUGGAAUGAGCAAAAAUGUCAGGUAAUCUGUUGUAGGAAUGAUGCUCAACCUCAACUAUUCUUUGAUGAAAUGCCUCAUAACUGGUUAAAAGAGCCAAAAGAUAAAUGCAAACAGAAUUGCCUUAUUCAAAUUCCUGACUCAUCUGAAAAGAAGGAGUUAGUAAAAAAUGAUAUAGUAUAUUUGCCUUUAAAUACACUUCCUGACAAGUUCUUAAAAGACAUAUUAGUAGAUAAAAAUGUCAUAGAUUGA